AUGUCAUUAACGACCAACAAAAUCACGGAGCUUGCGCCUGAUCAAGCUUCGCUCAAUGCUGCCAACAAGUUAAUAAAGCCGAAAAAGUGGCCCACGCUCUCUCAGCACGGUGAUCUAGUGUGGGGCGAGUGCCAAGGCUCUGGAGCAAACCCUUACCGAACCGUCUUCGACGACUCGAAUGCUGGCUACAAAUGCACGUGCCCCUCUCGUAAGUUUCCUUGCAAACAUGUGCUGGCGCUCAUGUGGAUGUACGUGGAGGACCCUGGACCAUUCACUGAAGGCGAAUUGCCCCAGUGGGUGACCGAUUGGCUAGGGCGACGCCGUAAAACGGGAAGCGAUUCUCCCCAGGAAGAGUCGAAAUCUAAGCCUACCCCCAAGGCUCGCGAGAGUCUGCUGGCAGCGCAGCAGGCAGUGACUGAUAAGCAGCCAGAUCCCAAAGCUGAGGCAAAACGAAAAGCGGCUACGGAGAAGCGUGCUAAAGCCACUCAACAAUCGAUUGCGGCUGGAAUCGACGAUUUGCAGCAGUGGCUUAAUGAUCAAGUCCGAGGUGGUUUCGCCGCGUUCUUGAACGACCCGAACUCGCGAUGCCGAACGAUAGCUUCACGUUUGGUCGACGCGAAAGCUCAGGCCUUGGCGAGCCGCCUCGACGAGCUACCGUCUCGCUUGAUGCAAACUCCCAGUGAUUCUCGGCUUAAUCUACUGAUUCAAGAACUUGGUCGGAUUGUCCUGAUCUGUCGUGCUUGGAAAGCGAACCCAAGUGACCCUGAGCUGACCCGGCUGGUGGGAAGUAGCGAGAACCGCGAUUCGAUACUGCAAUCGAAAGAGGCGAUUCGCCUGUCGUCGACUUGGGAAGUGGUCGGAGAGCAGGUAACGACCCGACGUGACGGAUUGGUAAGCCAGGCGACUUGGCUCAUGAAUCUGGGUGAAGGCAACCGUUUCGCUUUGUUGCUCGACUUCUUUCCGGCUUCACUUGGCCAACGAAGCAGCGCCUUCGCGGUCGGUGAAAAAAUAGCAGCGGAACUUGCCUUCUAUCCAGCUCGGCAACCGUUGCGUGCAGUCAUCGCUGAACGAAAAUCGAGUAGCGAGGACAAAGACCACGACAUCAAAGAGAAGAAAUGGCCGGUUGCAGGGGAACAACCGCUGGGUACAUACCGCGAUGUUCUGCGACAUGCGCCUUGGACCGGCGAGGUUCCGUUGUUGCUGCCCAGUGGGCGAAUCGCCCAAGCGGGCUCAGGCUACUGGUGGGAGUCUGAAGAUCGUUGUCCUAUGGCGAGUGAGUUGCUCAAAGCUCUGGAUGACGUGAAGGGCCGCUGGAUGAUGGGGGGGUCGGCUUUGGAGAAAGUACCCUCAUCUUGGCGAGCCAUCGCUGAGGGCGACCCAAGUCCAGAUUUGAUUCUGCUGGCAUUUGCCGGGCAGGCAAUGCAGGUCGCUUUAAGAUCGACACCCGGUGGCGAACUUCAGCCAUUGGCGCCCUUACCCCGCUUGAAAUUGCCGGCACUACCGCCACAAGCUCGACAGCAAUUCCGCAAUUUGGUGCGAGUAAUUAAGCUUGCCGAGUCGCAGAUCGCAGUAGUUACCCACUUGUUGGCAGCGCGCGGUUACGUCAUUCAUCCGACCGACUACAUGCCGAGAGGCUUUGAUCAGUUGCCGGAUGUCUACUCACCGUGGGCAUCGUGGCAGCGAGUUGAGGAAACGAGUCAAGUUUCUGGCGAAGACGACAGAAUUAACGCAGACAAUUGGGAAGGCUGGAUGCCUGCCGAGCGUCGUGUUGCUAUAUCACGUUUACGUCGUGAACAGCCCGAGGAUGCCCGCGAACUGGUAGCUGACAAAGUGCCUUCACUUCCGGCGGAGCAGCGUUUGCAAAUCAUGGAGACGUUGGGCGAGUGUUUAAGUGCUGAAGAUCAAUCGCUUUUGGAGGGGUUUACGAACGAUCGUUCGGGCAAAGUGCGUACGUUAGUGGCACAGUAUUUGGCGCGGAUGGGUGCCGUGGAGGACGAGGUGUCGGAAGUCACCGAGUACGCAGAUUUCUUUUCGGUGGCAAAGAGGCGUCUCCGGGGCGGAUACAAGAUCACCGCCAAUCGACUAAAGACAAAAGCCCAGCGCAAGCGUCGCGGUGAUUUGGCUGCAAAGCUGAGUCUUCGCAGUUUUGUGCAGGGUUUGAACUUGGCCAAUGAAGUCGAGUUGCUAAGCAGUUGGGAGCACGUUGACGAAGAAGCAACUGAUGAACUCGUGCGAAUGACUGCGGCGACCGGAAGCGAGCAGGCAGUGUCCAUAUUGGCAUCACGCAUCACGGCAUUUGAUGGAAUCACAGCCGAGUCUUUCCAACGCUUGUUUGACCGUCUAAGCACGGAGGCCCGCCGCGACUAUUUGCCACAAGUGCUCCAGAACGACGAUCCGAACUUUUCCGCUUCUGUUGUGUGUGCUCAAGGCCUGUGGGGUGAGAUUCAGUUCGCUCAACUGAAAUCGCUACCUGCAUUGAAAGAACUGAAAAAGCUCGCUGGUGAAGAUCACUCCACUAAAACCGUGCGGCAUGAAAUGCUUCGUAAAGGGCUUUUCUCGAGAGCAUCUGUGACUGAAGUGUUACGCGAACCGGUCGAGAAGACCUACGAAGAUGAUCUUAAGGUAUUGAGGGCUAGAGAUGAUCGCCCUAAACCAACGGGAUGGGUGCUCAGCCCUCAAGCUGUGGUCACUUACAUCAUCGGUGGCAAAGUAGGGAAACACCAGAUUCACGCGAAGUAUGUCGGUGAUCGGCGCAUCAUUGAAACUGCGGUGGCUACGUUAGCGACAGAUCGGGCGUUGCUGUUGAUGGGCGUUCCAGGAACCGCUAAGAGCUGGGUGUCAGAGCACAUGGCGGCAGCGAUCAGUGGAGACUCCACUAAAAUCAUUCAGUGCACGGCCGGCACCGACGAAAAUCAGAUUCGAUACGGAUGGAAUUACGCACAACUACUUGCCAAAGGUCCUAGCAGGGAUGCAUUGGUGGCAACGCCCUUAUUCCGCGCGAUGGAGAACGGUAGUCUCUGCCGCUUGGAAGAACUAACGCGAAUGGGAUCCGAUGUCCAAGACACGCUGAUUACCGUUCUCUCGGAAAAAAUGUUACCGAUUCCCGAGUUGAACGAUGCAGUGUAUGCGAAGCAGGGAUUCAAUGUUAUCGCAACGGCAAAUGAUCGCGACAAAGGCGUCAAUGAGUUGUCGGCCGCUCUGAAACGUCGCUUUAAUGUCGUUGUGUUGCCGUUGCCAGACGAUCUUGAUCAAGAAAUUCAGAUCGUCACAAGGCGCGUCGGCGAGAUGGCUCAGUCUUUGGACCUCCCGGAGCCAAAGAAUGUUGUCGAGGAAGUUGCUCGGGUGCUGGCAAUUUUUCGCGAGUUACGAAGCGGCGAAACGGCUGAUGGAAAGACAACUUUGAAAAGCCCAUCGGCGACGCUUUCCACGGCCGAGGCGAUCGCGGUCAUGGUCAGCGGAUUUUCUCAUGCUGCCUAUUUCAACGACGGUGUCCUUUCGGCCGAAGGACUUGCUCCAAAUGUGCUUGGGGCAAUCGUGAAGGAUCCAGUUCAAGACAAAGCCAUCCUAGAAGAAUACCUGGAAACGGUUCUGAAAAAACGCCGCGACUUCGCUGACUACUACAGCACAUUGACUGAGUUAGUAUGA